GAAAGCAGAAGGAAGAUGAGAGGAGAGGAGAGAUGGGAACUGCAGCUGCCUAACGGGGAAUGAAGGCGCAAGAAUGCCCUGUGAGAUGCGUGGAGGCUCUACCACAUUUACGCACGCAAGAAGAAGAAGAAGAAGAAGUGAUUUGCUGUGAGGACAUUUAAAGAAGCGUCCGGGGAAUUUAGCAUUUUGUUGCAUUCCGUUGGCUAAGACAGAAAAAGUUUGCCUCCAGAAGUAGUUUUUCAUAAAUCAGCAGAGAUGAGAUUGAACUUUUCUACAAGCUGGAUAUUCCGGGGCUGGAUAACGUGCGUCCUCGUCACCUUUUACGCACAGAAUGCUGUCUCCAAAUCCAAUCCAUGUGAUGAAACACAUUACUUCAGAGGCUCCAAAUGCUGCAACAGGUGUGGACCAGGCUUCCGUGUGUUUUCUCACUGCACUGAAACCCAAAAGACUCUGUGUCUGAAAUGUCCUCACGGUGAAUACCAGUCGGGCUGGACCAACGAGAUGACCUGUUCCCGGCAGAAGUUCUGUGACACAGGUAAGGGUUUUUUGGACAGGUCUAAAAUCCCUGACAACCCCAAGGCAGAGGAGCCGUGUCGCUGCCUUGAUGGCCUGCAGUGCUAUUCCGUCAACUGUGAGUACUGCGAGGAGAUACCCCCCUGCCCUGCUGGAUCUGGACGUGAGGUGGACCCUGAGUCAUCGAAUGGAAGGAAGAUCUGUGUCAAGUGUGAGAAGGGCUUCUUCUCCGCUGGCAAUAACGCUGACCAAUGCAAGCCGUGGACUAACUGUAAGGCUGAGGGCAGGAGAGAGACGCAGGCGGGCAGCGCUACGUCCGAUGCAGUGUGUGGACAACCUGUCUCUGGUGCAGAACGCUCUUGGGUUAUAGUUUCAGUGCUAUCAGUCAUUAUUGUUCUGUGUCUCCUUAUUCUGCUGCUCUUCUGCUACAAGGACAAACUGAAAUUACUCUCUGUAAAUCUGCGAUCCUGUGUUCAGAAUCUGAAGAGGACCAGGAUACAACAGGAGACCUUGGCCCCUCUUUACCAUAGCGGAGCAGGAGGAGGGAUAGGAGGACCUGGAGGCCCCAAAUGUUCUCCAUGUGAGACCACCAAACUCAUCUGCCAAGCUCCCCACGGCCCUGCUGACGGUCCCUCGUGCACCUUUCCCACCUCUACUACCGACGUCAAAGUCUCUCUGCCCUUCACAGAGGAAAUGCCAGAGAAAGAAGGGAUAAAGGGGAUGGAAGAUCAGAGCGAAGGAUCUGGAGAACCAGAAGAGGUGUCGGAAGAAGAGGUCGUGAGUGUGUCUCCGCUUCUGGCAGGUUCCUGCGUGUGCGUCAUUCCGGUCUGCGAGCCGCUGGAAGUAGGGGAGAACGAGGACUGCAGCCAGGCCGUCAGCCCUGGGACGCCUGGAACCUGCUCGUGUGGAGGGCUAGAUGGAGAGGAGGGCGGGAAAGAGGAUAAAAGUGACAGUAAAAGGGCAGAUAAGGGUGGAGGAAGGGCUGCUGGAAAUCAAGAAAAGAUUGAGAACGAGACAGGCGCUGCAUCUCUUGUCUCUCUUUCCCCUCCUCUCCUCCACACCUCCUCUAUAAUCUCUCCCUCCAGUCCACUCGCUGAACUCUGCCUGCCGCUGUCCCAGGCUCAAGUGAGGCCAGAGUUCAAAUAUCACCUGCCUGACGCCUCACCGGUCAAACAGGAGGGAUUAUACAGACUGGCAAGCACAGGCUCCACCUCAACAGAAAGUAGCACGACCUCCACUAUGAGCUCGGUCAGCCCCCUGAUGACUUCCUCAUCCGUUGGAGAUCUCUACCUGGACAAGCCCCCGGAGGGUCCAAGCCCAGGGCAAGGCCAGGGAGUGUCCUGGGGGGACAGCAGGGAAAACAAGCUCUCUACGGGGGAGUCAGAGCUGGAGUGCUCGCCGGAGAGCCUCCACAGCCAGUUGGGUGAACCAACUCUUACCUCAGGUCAGGUGUCUGGAAACCACAACACCACCUUCAUCUCCAGCGGUCAGGUGAUGAACUUCAGCGGCGAUGUGAUUGUCGUCUAUGUAAGCCAGACGUCUCAUGGCAGCGACUGCGUGGGGCAGGACGACGCCUUCGGGAGCCCCGUCCAGGAAGAAGCCAACGAGACAGCUCUGUUUUUCCAGAGCAGCCUGAGAUCGCAGGGGGACUCCAUUUCCCACAGCACCUUGCAAGACGAGACACUGCCAGUCCAGGAAGGAGUGGAGGAACGGCCGCUGGGAAAGUGAAAAGUGACCAGUGGCUGUGUUUUGUAGUUUACGUCAGUACAGCGAUCAUCUCCGCCAUUAGACCUUGUAAAACUGACCUCUGAUGCCUUCUGUUGGUUCCAUUACUUUAUAGAUAUUAGCUCCCAUCUCCCAUCAAAUAAAGGCAAAACAAUGCCCACAAAUAAUCUUAACUUUUCCCAUUUUACACAAGAGUCACAGACUCUUGCUUUAGGCAUUUAUUACCAGUGGAAAGCUGCAGCCUUUUUUAAACGGAAACUCCCUCCAUUCCAGACAAUGAUGGGGAAUUUUGUUGGGAAUUGGAUGUGGAACUAGAGUUCAAAUUGGAGGAACAAACUGUUUUUCUUGUUCUAUGGAAAUUGCAGCUUGAUCUUGACACAAAGGAGUCGCCACAUAUUUCAUUUACCACCUUUUGUCGUUAAAUAGCCCAGGUUACACUCUGUAGACUCCUAGUUUUUGACUUUUUUGGAUUUGACAUUUGGAUGACUUUACUUGCAUAACAAAAUAUCCACCAUGUGGAAAUCAUUUUUUAUAUUUUUAUGGAGAAAAUUCAAUAUAAUAGCUACAAAAGGAUCUGGCAGGACAGAAGUUUGUACAGAAAAAUCAUCAUGAAGCCUUUCACUGAGUGAAUUCUUCUUUUUCUGGUUUGCAGGAUCUAACAGAAGCUAUUUUACAAUAAAGAGACACAUCCAGUUUUGGUACGAUGCUUUUAGCCUGUAUGUACACUUUGUUUAUUCUCUCCUUAUUGCACCACAAGUGCAGUUUGUGUCUAAGAAAAAAAUGCUAUGCAUUUGAUAAGCUAUUUUAUUACUGGUUUGUUUUGUUUCAUUACAAUUUAAUGUGCAAGCCUUAAUGAAGAAAAGUGAAAUGUCUGUUUAUUAUAUUUUGUUUUAAAUAAUUUUACAAAGUAGAUUGUUUAUGUAAUAUUUCAGAAGUUUCAUGUGAUCAAUGUUUGUAUAUAUUUCAAAGGAGCAUGGUAUAUUUGUGAAAUAAGAACAUUCUCUCAUUUCAUUUGUGGUGUGGGUGUUUUAAGUCAAGUGGCGCCAUUACCAGCAGGCAAAAUGCACACAUUCUCAGAGCAUUAAAGGGACGACCUCACCAUAUGUAUGCAGCUUUGCGGAAAAAAAAUAUGUACAUAUCAAUCAGACCUAUUGCAAUGAAUAACUGAAAGACUAUUUUUGAUUGAAAUUAAAUAUGUUUUGCAUCAAA